UGGGUUAUAUAAGCCAUGGUGCCACUCGGUGGGAGACGCGGUGGGAGAAAGGUGAAGCUUGAAAUGAAAAUCCUGCUACUGUCUCUCCUGGCUGGAGUCAGCUCCACAGCAGCCAGCUGGUUUUGGACGACAGAACCAGCUCCUUAUACCACAGAUCAACCAGAUACCACAGAAGGAGCUCGUCCUUCCUGCAGGUGGAACUGCGGCUACGGCCUCGGCAGCUGUUCCUGCUCCAGCUCCUGUCAGUACUACGGAACCUGCUGCCACGACUAUCACGAUUACUGUGAUGGAUCCACAACCGCUUCUGCUCUUUAUACCGUAACAGGAGCUCGUCCUUCCUGCAGGUGGAACUGCGGCUACGGCCUCGGCAGCUGUUCCUGCUCCAGCUCCUGUCAGUACUACGGAACCUGCUGCCACGACUACCACGAUUACUGUGAUGGAUCCACAACCGCUUCUGCUCUUUAUACCGUAACAGGAGCUCGUCCUUCCUGCAGGUGGAACUGUGGCUACGGCCUCGGCAGCUGUUCCUGCUCCAGCUCCUGUCAGUACUACGGAAACUGCUGCCACGACUAUCACGAUUACUGCUACCCAGGCCAAACCACAACUGCCCUAAACACCAUAACAGGUGGAGCUCCAUGUGGUGGAGAUCUGACUAACCCAAGAGGAGAAUUCUUCAGCCCCCAGUUUCCUAAUAACUACCCCAAUAAUGCACGUUGCACAUGGAGGCUUCUGGCGUCAGAGACACAGGUUGUUUAUUUGACCUUCACAUUUGUUCAAUUGGAGACGUGUUGCGACUCCAUCAGGGUGUAUGACGGUCCCACUGACUCUUACCCACUGCUGGGUCGCCUGCCUCAAAAUCAGACACAUCACUUCAACUCCAGCAUGCGCUAUCUCACUGUAGUGUUCACCAGUGACCACAGUGUAACUUAUCAAGGUUUUCGGGCAGAAUGGGGGUUCACAGAACGGCCUUACUGUAGGGGGAACUGCGGCUAUAGUUUUAGUCGAUGUUCCUGCACCAGCUCCUGUCCGUACUAUGGAAACUGUUGCCAUGACUACUACACGUACUGCCAAGCCACAACCGAACCGCCCACAGAAAGGCCUUCCUGCAGGGGGAACUGCGGCUAUAGUUUUAGUCGAUGUUCCUGUACCAGCUCCUGUCAGUACUAUGGAAACUGUUGCCAUGACUACUACACGUACUGCCAAGCCACAACCGAACCGCCAACAGUGACUCAGUCCAUCUGUGGAGGACACUUGUUUGAUUCCGGGUCAAUCUCCAGCCCCUACUACCCAAAUUAUUACCAUGAUAAUGCAUAUUGUGUAUGGCAGCUCUCUGCUCCUGCAGGACAGAGGAUCUUUCUGUCAUUUGUAGAUCUCGAGCUGGAGCAUUGCUGUAACUGUGACUAUAUAAACGUGUAUGAUGGCUCCUCCACCGCCUCCUCACUGCUGGGCAAGCUGUGCUACAACGACACCACCCUCCGGGACUUCCGCUCAUCCUCCUCAUACAUGACUGUCUUGUUCAGGAGCGACGGCUCAGUUGUGGCCCGUGGCUUCAAAGCCUUCUUCAGCAGCUCUCUGCCCGAAAAUACAGCUAGAGUGGCCUGUUCCUCAGACAGCAUGACCAUUGUGAUUGAGAGAUCAUACCUGAACUCUCUGGGCAUCUCCUGGCAAAAUCUCUAUGUGGAUGACCAUCGUUGCAGACCCUCUGCUAACAGCUACGAGGUGUCCUUCAACUUCCCCAUUAACUUGUGUGGAACCAACAAAACGACCAACAAAGGACGGGUUGUCUACAGUAACCAUGUGCGAGCAGCGCCAUCCCAGUCAGGCGAGAUCACACGGCAGGUCGGAGAGUUCCUGCUGAGCGUGAAGUGCCACAUGGAGCAGGGCACCACAGUGGGGACAGUCUACAAGACCAAAGAGAUUAUCAACCACACCAUUGCUGGCAUAGGGCACUUUAACGCCAGCAUGGCCUUCUACCCUUCCAGCAGCUUCUCCUACCCUAUACUUGAAUUUCCCUACGAGGUCAGCCUCAAUCAGUACCUGUAUGUUCAGGUGCAGCUCAGCAGAGCAGACAACACACUAGACCUUCUGCUGGACAGUUGUGUGGCCUCUCCCAACCAUGACUUCCAGGCUCACUCUUACACCCUGAUCCAAAACGGCUGUGUGAAGGACAACACGGUCUACAUAUACACCAAUGGGAGGCAGUACUACGCUCAGUUCCGUUUCAGGGCCUUCAAGUUCCUGCGGACUCAUUCCUACGUCUUCCUGCAGUGUAGGGUGGUCGUCUGCGCUGACAACGACUACAACUCCCGCUGUCGCCAAGGCUGCCGCAUGCGCAACAGGAGAUCCCUUGACUCCGCCCACCACACUGAAACGGUCACACUGGGGCCAAUCACCCUCAAAGGUGCCAAGGCGGAGUCUGCUGACCAGGUUGAGAAAGAAGAGUGAGCUCACUUCACUCCACUCAGGAAUAAUCUCGAAUCUCUUCUUCACAUAUCACUCAACCAAUGAAGCAUUGACUUACUCACAUCUAUUAAAGCAUUCUCAAAAGGCAAA